AUGGCCAGAAACAUCGAUUCCUGGCAGCGUAAGAUGAUUAUUCAUAUGAUAUACAGCAAAAACAGACUCACUACACCGCAAAUGGCAAAGGUAGCGCAGUGUAGUGAGCGCUCUAUCACUAACAUACGCAAGAACUUGCGAUUAUUCGGUAGUGCCAGAUCUCCCCGAGUCUCAGUCGGUCGACAACCAAGUAUCGCCCCUAUCAUGCUCGACGCCCUCUGUGACCACCUCGCCGAAAAACCUGGCCUAUACGUCGAAGAGAUGGCUAUCUUCCUAUGGGAUGAGUUCAACAUAUUACCAUCGUCAUCUAGCAUCAAACAACAGAACCCUCAACUACGGGACUUCUACCAGCAUAAGCUAUCCGAGUUUCGGUCAUAUCAUCUUGUGUUUGUCGAUGAAUCCGGAUGUGAUAAAAGGAUUGGAUAUAGGCGAACUGGCUGGUCUCCGCUCGGCGUGACACCGGUCCAAGUGUCGAAAUUUCAUCGCGGCCAACGCUUCCAGAUACUGCCUGCAUAUGCUCAAGACGGCAUCAUUCUGUCCCGUAUUUUCAAAGGCUCAACGGAUACCACAUUCUUCGAAUCGUUUAUCGAGCAGCUUCUGCAGCAUUGUGGGAGGUGGCCGGAGCCGAAAUCCGUGCUUGUUAUGGAUAACGCGUCUUUCCAUCAUUCAGACCGGAUCAAGACCUUAUGUGCUGACGCAGAAGUCAAAUUACUGUACCUCCCGCCGUAUUCGCCCGAUUUCAACCCCAUCGAGGAAUUCUUCGCCGAGCUGAAGGCCUCUAUCAAGAAAGCUUGGUCAGUGUACGAAGAGAAUCCUGGCCAGGGGUUUCAUGCCUUCCUUCGGCGGUGUGUAUACGAAGUUGGUGCAAAACAGGACAGUGCCGAAGGCCAUUUCCGACAUGCAGGUAUAAUAAUAGAGAAUAUAUGA